AUGGCCGACUGUGACCCACAGAAGAGCCACACCGAGACCAAACACCCGUUCUCCAUCCACUGCCUGCUGGGCCUGGACCAGGUGAAGGAUCAGGACCAGGACCAGAGGAGGACUUCUCACACCCAGCAGAGCGCACUGUGGUCCUGCCUCAGUCUGAGAGAGCUGCCCACUCUCAGGUGGUUCCCCUACGAGAGCGUCAGGAGCAGAGCUCUCAACACAGACUUCUCCCCCGCCUUCGAUUCGCCGCCUCAGGACUCCCCCAAACUCCCUCAAGACCACGACAGCGACAGCGACUCGGGCGACCUGAAGAACGACCCUGAUCCUGAACCUGACCCAGACCCAGACACAGUCCCGGACCCAGACCCAGACCCCACAGCGCUCGGCCGCAGGAAGAAGACCCGCACGGUGUUCUCGCGGGGGCAGGUCUUCACGCUGGAGUCGACGUUUGACGUGAAGCGCUACCUCAGCAGCUCCGAGCGCGCCGCUUUAGCCGCGACGCUGCGUCUGAGCGAGACCCAGGUCAAGAUCUGGUUCCAGAACCGAAGGAACAAGUGGAAGAGGCAGCUGUCGGCCGAGCUGGAGGCUGCCAGCCUCAGCCAGAGGGUGAGGGUCCCCAUCCUGUACCACGAGGGAGACAGUGCCCCCCACAGGCCCAACACGGGAGCAGCGUUUGGGCCACACGGGUUCUACUCCCACCUGCUGAGGCCGCUGUAA